GGCGGAGCGACGCUGCAUAAAACUGCCGUGACCUCAUCUUCAAGGCGACACAGCUCACAAACACAACAAUGGAGGAUAUGGAAGCGAUCGUGUACUUGUUUCUUCGUUUGUGGUUUAUUAUCACAACAAGGAGUUAAGCUUUGUUUCAGAAAAGGCUUCGUAUAGCAAGACGAAAUACAGAAGAAGCUGACGGGAGAGUUUUGGCAAUCCUAAAACGCAGCAGAGACUACUACAGGACGUCUCUGAUCACUGCUAAACGACAACGCUACUUGAAGUUAUACAAUUUGCUAAGUCGCCGCCGCAGACCAUGUGUUUGGAAGUUCGACGAGCUACCGAGUGGUGGGAUGUGAUUGUUCCAUCUUUCACACAUACUCAGUGGGUGCAGAACUUCAGGAUGUCUGAGGAAACCUACACCUACCUGUGCAACAAACUGCGGCCAGCGAUGGAGAGACAGGACACAGCAUUCCGCGUGUGUAUACCUCUAAAGAAGAGGGUGGCCAUCGCACUGUGGAAGCUUGCGACCGGCUCAGAGUACAGAAGCAUUGGACAUAUUUUCGGAGUGAGCAUAACAACGGUGUGCCGGUGUGUGCAAGACUUCUGUGCUGCUGCAGAGACGUUCUUAGUACCGGAACUAAUUCGUUUACCAGACCGGGAGAAGUUUGCAGAAAUGGCUGACUACACUGAGAACAGGUGGGGGCUCCCACAGUGUGUAGGUGCUAUUGAUGGAUCACACAUACACAUCUUGGCCCCACAGGAAAACCACUGCGACUAUUUCAACUGUAAAGGCUGGCACUCCAUCAUCCUUCAAGGAGUUGUAGAUGGAAAGGGACUUUUCUGGAAAGUGUUUGCAGGAAUGCCUGGGAGCUUGCAUGACGCUCAGGUUUUGAGACUGUCCACAUUGUGGGAGUUGGCCAGUCGUGGCAACUACUUUCCAGCUUGCACCAGGAACAUUGGUGGGGUGAAUGCUGGCUAUUACAUCCUGGGAGACUCUGCCUAUCCCUUGCAAAACUGGCUCUUAAAACCGUUCCCUGACACUGGACGGCUGACAGCAGAACAGCAGAUAUACAACAGGAACAUUUGCAGAGCACGGGUAGUGGUCGAAAACGCUUUUGGUAGACUGAAGGGAAGGUGGCGUUGCCUCGUGAAAAUAAAUGACUCUGAUGUCAAACUUGUCAAAUCUAUGGUGCUGACAUGCUGUGCUCUGCAUAACCUCUGCGAGAGUCGUGGAGAUGCCUAUGAUGAUGGAUGGGAUGCACCAGCACCAGCAGCAGCAGAGCCUGGGGUGGCACAAGGUGCAGAGGAGGAGGGCGGUGACAUACGAGAGGGUCUGAUGCGCCACCUGAAUAGCUAAAUAUUCAUUGUAUUGAACAUAAAUAAAUAUGUUUUACUCUUUCACUA